AUGGAAACCAUGCAUGAGCUGAUCCCCUUUGCCAAAGAAAUGCUCAGCCAGAAGCCCAACAGGAAAAUGGUCAAGCUGUACAUGCUGGGCAGCGUGCUGGCUUUCUUUGGUGUGGUUAUCGGUCUGGUGGAGACAGUGUGCAGCCCUUUCACCUCUGAAGGGAGGCUAGAGGAGGAGGAGGAGAAGAAACCUGCCCCGACGCGAGAGCAAAUGGUCCUGCAGAAACAGGAGGAUUUGAUCUUGGAAAAGAGCAAGAAGCCGGUGGGGAUGCAGAGGGCCCUGGUGACCAGACCACACGCCUCCUAA